AUAUUUUGUUUGCCCUUUGCAGACUAGCAGGUACUGAUGGAUGUUUCCGACAGCCCUGAGCAACACCCUUGCUCUCCGGAGGAGGAGGACCAGCAGCUCUCGGAUGACGAAAUCUUGAAAGAGAGCGGCUCCGAUCGGGAACUGGAUGGAGAGAGCCAUAGCAACCUCCUGGAGAAAGAGGAGGAUACAGUCAGGGGACUGAGUCAUGGGGAAGAAGAGAACCACUCGGAUGAGGAGGACCACUUAAGUGAAACCAAGUCUCAGGACUCUGACAAUAAUGAGCAGAGCAGGGAGCUAAAGAUCUCCCUGUGUCACAAAGAGGAGGAGGAGGACCGGACGAAUGACCUUGGAGAUGAAGCAUCCUCUGUCACUCGGGAACUGGAUGAGCAUGAAUUGGACUAUGAUGAGGAGGUUCCCGAGGAGCCAAGUGCGGCUGUUCCAGAGGAUGAGGCUGAGAAGGCAGGAGGUGAGGAUGACGAGGAGGAGGAGAAGGGAGACGAUGCACCCGAGGACGAGAAGAAAUCUAACAGUAAAAGCGAUGACGAAAAGGAUGGCCAGGAACCCCUCAAAGAGAAGAAGAAAGAGGAAGAUGAUGGAGAAAUUGAUGACGGGGAGAUUGAUGAUGAUGACCUGGAGGAGGGUGAAGUUAAAGAUCCCAGCGACAGGAAAGUGAGGCCACGAUGCUGCCGUGUUCCUGAUGAUGACCUGGAGGAGGGUGAAGUUAAAGAUCCCAGCGACAGGAAAGUGAGGCCACAAAUCCCUUCUGCCGUCAUCUUCAUGAAAGGUCACUGUACUUGGGGAAUGAACUGUAGGUUUAUCCAUCCUGGUGUGAACGACAAAGGAAACUACUCCCUGAUCUCCAAACCGGAUCCUUUCUCACCCAACGGUGCACCUCCCAUUGGUCCUCACCCACUGAUGCCGGCAAACCCUUGGGGUGCACCUGUCGUUGAUGAAAUUUUGCCUCCACCCCCUCCAGACCCUCCAACAGAAAGUGCCUGGGAGAGAGGACUCCGGCAUGCUAAAGAGGUGUUAAAAAAGGCAACAAUGAGAAAAGAGCAGGAGCCUGACUUUGAAGAGAAGCGGUUUACAGUGACCAUUGGAGAAGAUGAACGUGAAUUUGAUAAAGAAAAUGAAUUUUUCAGGGACUGGAAUUAUCGCAUCACUAGAGAUGUCCGAGACCCAGCGGAGGUGGACAUCAAAGAAAAUGUGAACUAUGGGCUUGAUUCCUAUACAGACCCAUAUUAUGAUUAUGAUAUCGAACGGUUCUGGCGUGGUGGGCAGUAUGAGAACUUUAGGGUACAGUACACAGAUCCAGAUCCAUAUCGUAACUACAGAGAAAGAGAGAGAGAACGGGAAAGGGAGCGAGAGAGCCGCCAACGGGAGCGGGAACGGGAACGCGAGAGAGAACGGGAACGGGAGCGCCGCCAGAGAGAACGCGAACGGGAGAGGGAGCGGGAACGGGAUAAGGAGCGGCAGCGACGGAAAGAAGAGUGGGAGAGAGAGAGGGAGCGAGUGAAACGAGACGAAAAAGACAGACAGCACAGAGAUCGAGACCGGGACCGAGAGCGGGAACGUGAAAAGGAAAAAGAAAAACCAAAACCUAAGUCACCUCAACCACCAAGCCGUCAGCCUGAGCCACCAAAGAAGGAGAAGGAGACAGCUACGACCCCCAGCUCUCAGUCCAAGAGAGCAGACGAAUGGAAGGACCCCUGGCGCCGAUCCAAGUCGCCUAAGAAGAAGCUUGGGGCAUCUGCCUCUCCCAGCCGCGCACGCCGACGCCGGAAAACCUCUGCCUCUUCGGCGUCAGCCUCUGGCUCUUCUAGGUCGUCUUCUCGCUCAUCGUCCUAUUCUGGUUCUGGUUCUUCACGGUCUCGUUCCAGAUCCUCUUCCUACAGCUCCUACUCUAGUCACUCUUCCAGACACAGUUCUUUCUCAGGCAGCAGAUCCAGGUCGCGGUCCUUCUCCUCUUCCCCCUCUCCCUCCCCAACACCAUCUCCGCACAAAGCGCCUGUGAAAGCAAAAGGAGAGCUUGCACCGCCUGCUGGAAAAGGGGAGAAGCCUGUGAAGAAAGUAGCUGCCCUUCCAGUCCCACCGCCGUUGACUAAAGUUGCCACAGCUGCCCCAGAGCCAGCCAAACCAGCGGACAAUAGAGAGGCCAGAAGGAAGGAACGUCAAACGAGAACGCCUCCCAGGAGACGGACUGUAAGCGGCAGCAUCAGUGGCAGUGCCAGCAGCUAUAGCGGCUCCAGUUCCCGAUCUAGAUCCUUGUCUCGGUCUCUCUCCAGAUCUCAUUCCCGAUCAACGUCUGCCUCAGUUUCCCCCUCCCCAUCUGGGUCCAGGAAAUCCAGGUCCCUGAGCGUGAGCAGCGUCUCCUCUGUCUCUAGUGCCUCCUCCAGUAGCAGUUCCAUACGCAGUGCGGACUCUGAAGACAUGUACGCCGACCUGGCCAGCCCCGUGUCCUCGGCCAGCUCCCGAUCCCUGACCCCAGCCCAGCAAAAGAAAGCAGGCAAGUCGAAAAAAGAAGACAGCGCUAAAGAGGAGAAACGGAAACGGGAGGCGCCUGCCCAGCCCCUGAAAUCGACAAAACCCGCGCAAGCGAGUAAAGCGCAGCAACUUCUCCCGCCCCCACCACCCCAGCCGCAGCAGGCGGGCUUCAGUGCCCACAAAGAGAUCAAAUUGACGCUGCUGAAUAAGGCGGCUGACAAAGGAAGCAGGAAGAGAUACGAGCCAGCGGACAAAGACAGGCCGGGCUCCCCUCCAGCCAAGCGAGUGAACCUGUCACCCGAGAGAGUGGGCCCUCGUGACAGGAAGCCAGCUGGAAGGAUCUCUUCGCCCAAACAAGACCGGCAGAGAGGCCAGAACCCCAAACCGUCUCCCGCCCAGACAGACAGGAAACGCCAGCUGUCGCCCCAGUCCAAGAGUUCCAGCAAAGUCACAAGUGUCCCAGGCAAAGCACCCGAGCCAGGCGCACCGGCGGCCGGCGCGAAGCCGGGCAAGUCCAGCACGCUGUCGCGGCGGGAAGAGCUCUUGAAGCAGCUAAAAGCCGUGGAAGACGCCAUCGCUCGGAAACGGGCCAAAAUUCCUGGGAAAGUAUAGUCCAGCGUGCGCAGAGCUCUGUCGCCCCCCGGCUGAGAGACUCGUCCCUGUUUUUAUAAAUAGUCUACAAGCGGCCACUCUGGAUUUUGCAGUUCUGUCUGAUUUUUGGCUGCAAUUCUUUUUAAAAAUUAAAACAAAACACAAAAAAACACAAAAAAAGUUUGUCAGCUGAAAAAUCCCACAAAUGAGACGACUCACUCUGGCUCCUAACCCAUACGGCGGAGCGUCUGGGGGGGAUGCCUUUGCCGCAUCAGCCAUGCAAGACAGACCAAGCCGGCACCACGAUGGAGGCCCAACCGCCACGUUUUCCCUGUAAAUUAUGCACAGAGGACUCCAAAAUUCCAGCCCUGUCGGAUACUUUCACUUUCUCUCUCUCUCUCUCUGUCUGCCCUCCCCUCUUUGCUAGCCAUAAGUUGUACUCUUCUAGUUAGCCUUGCUGUGUGUUGAGUGUCUUCAGCAAAGCAGUUCUAUAUACUGUGUAACGAGAGAACCGAGAACCGCUGUGAACUACUGGCAACAUCAUCUUCUCUCCUUCCCCCCAGGAACAAAACACAUAGAUAUAUAUUCUUGACGGAAGUCAGAUUGGGAAAUAUGACCUGUCUUUUAUUUUAAGCAUCAGAUUGUUUUAGUUGAUUUAAAAAAAAAAAAAAGCAAAGGUAUUGUGGGGUUGUCUGUCUGAGGAGGGUCUUUUUUUGAGGGGUCUCCCUGAAAUAAAGUAUUUUGAUAAACAGUU